AAACACGAUUUAUAGAGGGCCAGAAAGCGGAGUUGUUCAGUGGGGGCUGGUGCUCACUGGAUCUGUGCAACAUGUUGCAGCCGCUGGUGCUGCUGACUCUGACUCUGACCCUGACCCAGGCGGUGUCCGGCUACAAACUCAACUUGGAGAAGCCGCCAACACUAGCCCGAGGCAGGGUGGAGACCUGCGGCGGGUGACAGUUAUCUGUCCUGACAGAGGUGAAGGCUUUCGUUGAGGAGGACUUACCUCUUUAUCACAACCUGGUGCUGAAAUAUAUUCCAGGAGCAACUCCUGAACUGCUCCUCUUGAACUACCAUUUUGAAGAACUGAAUCGAGUGGACCUUAUGCCAAUGACCAGGAAAGAGAUCAAUGAAUUGCUGUUGAAACUAGGAUUUUACAAAAAGGAAAGUCUGGAUGCCGAAGUGCCAUUUGAGUUCUACUAUGCCCCAAUGGUGGGUAAACCCAUUAGACAAUUUGACACACAACGAGGGAAUCCUGCUAAAGCUGAGUCUGAGGACUUCGCAGAAUCAAACGAGUUGAAGCAGGAUCUAUAGACAAAUGAUUGAAAUGUAACCUCAACUGGCCAUAAAUCAAUGGAAAAAUGAUAACUCACAACUGGAUUGAAAAUGUGAUGGCUUUGGUUUAAAACCUGGACGUCCCAGUAAUCACAUGCUGCUCAUUUAACCAUCAACCUGUUUAUUAUUAACAUUGUCAUUUCUUUCGGUUUAAUUCUCUGCUAACUGUGGGGGAAAACACCAUUGACGGACAAGUGCAAAAAUACACAGGGGCUAUCGGCAAGCGAGGGUGGGGAGUAUGGGAAAUAACUAGAAUCUAUCUGUCCAGUGGGUCCAUUGUAUGUUCUACAUCUGAGGCUGAUUGGGUCACUUUAUGCCCAAAUGUUGCAAAUUGUCCUGCUCAGCCUCUUGGGUGAAGUUUAUUGGAAAGUGAAUCAUGUUGAUGGUAAACAGAUUGGUCCAGCUAGAGCAGGUCGGAUUAAUGAACUGAGGUCAACUGAUAUCAACGGCAUCAGCACAAGACAGAGUGGAUUCAUCUAAAGAGAUCCAGAUGAAGGACUCCAUGCACCACAUGGCCGAGUCGUGGGCCCAGUUAUUGACGGUAUAAACACACCAAGUAGCUUAACUCGACUGGUAAAUGUGUAGCUCAGUGUGAUUCGGACCAGCAGGGUGUCAGGGUCCACCCUUGGUCUGUGCUGAGCUCACUGACACCAGUGAGGGGGCUAGAGCUGUUACAACUCACCCCAGUAUCUCUGCUUCAGUUUGCCCUCCUGCUGCGGAGCACUGUUCUGGGAUAUCUUCAUAUCGAUCUGUCCAGCCCGGACCACAGAGAGUCAGAUUGUGACGCCUUGCUUGGUUGAAUAGCCAGCAGACACUCGGUGGCUUAUCUCACAUGAAGAAAGGCUACUUGGCUGAUGGUGGGGUGAGGCAUUGGUGCAAGUGAGACACCCUGGGGAAGGAUGGGGAGAAAACUUCAUUUGUAAAUCAAAACCUGGAUAUCCUAAUAAGAGUGUGUAUGUUAGACCCUCACAGUAAUGUGAAGACUUACUUUAAUUUUGGUGAGGGUGCUUGAUCAUAUUUUCACCUUUUCAGUUCAAGCAUCUACCUGGCUAAAUGCCAACUGCUGAUUCUCAGUGUCCAGUCAGCAGAGGGUGCUGGUGAAUAAUUUUUAUUCAUUAUAAAAUAUAUAUUUGUUCCUCAUGGCCUCUUUCUGUCCAUCUACAGCCCCUUCUACUGGGAGUGCGAUGCAUUUAAAAAUCAGAGCAUCUCCAGCCCCUGUAAACCUGGUGGAGAUGUGUUUACCGUAACUCCAUGGCCAGUGAAGGCUGUGGGGGAGAUACUGACCAGGAGAGGGUGACCUCACCAGCCACCUCUGUCUACCUUCCCUCCACCACAGGCAGAGUUCAAAAGCAGCUUGUGUCUUCACCCUGACUCUCUCUCUGGGUUUUGAAAUUUCUUUAAGCAAGAGGGAAAUAAUAAAACAAAGGGUUGAUUUAUCAAAUUUAGCUGAUAGCCUCUCGGCCGUGCUGCAUAUAUUGUCAGCUGACCUCGAGUUCUGCCCUUUUCCAACAAUCCGGCUGCAUGAAUCCAUCACUUUGGAUUUAGGGAGAAAAUGAGCACAUUGAGCAAACGGUUGUGCAUUUUUAUAAAUGAAGUAUUUUGGAAUGAAAUAUAACAUUUUCACAUCUUUAGCGUUCACUCUGAAACGACCCUGACCAAGAAAACAACAGCAGACACCCCCAGUGUCUCCGGCUGGCUGGGUGCUUUUUGCAUGUGAGAACCUCAGGCCUUGUCCAGGAAUGUACAUGAAGCACUCAGCUGAAAGGUGACCAGGCUGAGAGCAGAGGCACAGCAUUCCUGAAGGCACAGAGAAUUCCAUGCUGGAAGAACCCACCAGUCUCAACAAACAUUUGAUGUUAUUUUUGUCUGUUGGAUAACAAUAAAAUUCGACAGGUAACAAUA